AUGGCAGACGUAGAAAAGGAACCCGAGAAGACAAUAGCGGAGGAUUUAGUUGUUACUAAAUACAAAUUGGCUGGCGAAAUUGUUAACAAAACACUUAAAUCGUUAAUUGGACUCUGCGUAGCGGAUGCCUCAGUGCGGGAAAUAUGCAGCCAGGGUGACAGUCUGCUGACUGAGGAAACCAGCAAAGUAUACAAAAAAGAGAAGGAUCUGAAGAAGGGUAUUGCAUUUCCGACAUGCUUAUCUGUCAACAACUGUGUCUGCCAUUUUUCACCAUCCAAGAACGAUGCCGACUAUACGCUCAAGGCUGGCGAUCUUGUCAAAAUCGAUCUGGGUGCGCAUAUUGAUGGUUUUAUCGCUGUAGCCGCUCAUACUGUAGUUGUGGGCGCUGGCGCUGACCAGAAAAUAACGGGACGCCAGGCUGAUGUCAUACUGGCUGCUUAUUGGGCCGUUCAGGCUGCCUUGCGUCUGCUGAAACCCGGCGCUAGCAACUAUAACAUUACUGAUGCCGUGCAACAGAUCAGCGAGUCGUACAAGUGCAAGCCUAUUGAAGGCAUGCUCAGUCACGAGCUCAAGCAGUUCAAAAUUGAUGGUGAGAAGACGAUUAUACAGAAUCCAAGCGAAGCGCAGCGCAAGGAGCAUGAAAAGUGCACAUUCGAUAAGCACGAGGUCUAUGCCAUCGAUGUUAUUGUUAGCACCGGCGAGGGUGUGGGACGUGAGAAGGACACAAAGGUCUCCAUAUUCAAGAAGUCGGAUGAGAACUAUAUGCUGAAACUGAAGGCAUCGCGAGCGCUGCUUGCCGAAGUGAAAACCAAGUACGGUAACAUGCCUUUCAACAUCCGCAGCUUCGAGGAGGAGACUAAGGCACGCAUGGGAGUCGUUGAGUGUGUUUCCCAUAAAAUGAUUGAGCCUUUCCAAGUGCUGUAUGAGAAGCCAACUGAGAUUGUGGCGCAGUUCAAGCAUACUGUGCUGCUAAUGCCCAAUGGCGUCAAUCUUGUUACCGGCAUACCCUUCAACGCAGAGAACUUUGUCAGCGAACACAACAUUGCGCAGGCUGAGCUCAAGGAGCUGGUUGAACAGCCUUUGGGACCCGUGAAAGGCAAGGGCAAGGGUAAGAAGGCUGCUGCUGGCAGCGCUGCGACUAAAGUGGAAUCGGCGCCGGCCGUUGAGACCAAGGCAUAGGCUGCCUCUCGUCCGAUUACAAUCACGCCCCCUUAAAGCAACAACAAUGUGAACAAUUGCGCUGCCUACUGCUGACGCUCCAUUAAAUUUUACUAUAGCAUACAUUGAGUAGUAAAAACAGAGAAACCUUUUGACUACAAAAA